CAUAUACAUCAGUCGUGUUGUUUGUUAAAGAGCCGCUACCAACAUGGUGAAGGAGCAGUUCAGAGAGACAGAUGUGGCCAGGAAAAUAAGCCACAUCUGCUUUGGGAUGAAAUCUGCUGAGCAGAUGCGUCAGCAGGCCCACAUCCAGGUGGUCAGUAAGAACCUGUACAGCCAGGACAUGAAUCACACUCCACUGCCCUAUGGAGUGUUGGACCACCGUAUGGGUACCAGUGAGAAAGACAGACCAUGUUUGACAUGUGGGAAGAAUCUGGCUGAUUGUUUAGGACAUUAUGGCUACCUGGAUCUGGAGCUGCCGUGUUUUCAUGUCGGCUAUUUCAAAGCCAUCAUAGGAAUCUUACAGAUGAUUUGCAAGACAUGUUCGAGUAUAAUGCUGACCAAAGAGGAGAAACUGCAGUUCAUAGAUAUGUUGAAACGGCCCAACCUGGCCUAUCUCCAGAAGCGUGGGUUGAAGAAGAAGAUCUCUGAUAAAUGCCGCAAAAGGACAAUCUGUCUGCAUUGUUCGGCUUUUAAUGGACCAGUGAAAAAGUGUGGCCUGCUUAAAAUUAUCCAUGAGAAGUAUAAAACAACCAAGAAGGUUGUGGAUCCUUUUGUGUCAGAAUUCCUGCAGUCCUUUGAUACUGCCGUCGAACACAACAAAGUGGUGGAGCCUCUGCUAACACGGGCGCAGGAAAACCUGAACCCUUUGGUGGCGCUAAACCUCUUCAAAAGGAUUCCCCAAGAAGACAUCACCCUGCUGCUAAUGAACCCUGAGGCAGGGAAACCUGCGGACCUCAUCCUCACCCGCCUCCUGGUGCCUCCUGUCUGCAUUCGGCCCUCUGUGGUCAGCGACCUGAAGUCAGGCACCAACGAGGAUGACCUCACCAUGAAGCUUACAGAAAUUAUCUUCCUCAACGAUGUAAUCAAAAAGCAUCGCAUGACUGGGGCUAAGACCCAGAUGAUCAUGGAGGACUGGGACUUCCUCCAACUUCAGUGUGCCCUUUACAUCAACAGCGAGCUCUCUGGCAUCCCCCUCAACAUGGCACCUAAGAAAUGGACAAGAGGCUUUGUGCAGAGACUCAAGGGCAAGCAAGGUCGAUUCAGAGGAAACCUCUCAGGGAAAAGAGUGGACUUCUCAGGCAGAACUGUUAUUUCUCCUGACCCAAAUUUGAGGAUCGAUGAGGUGGCCGUCCCUGUGCAUGUUGCCAAAAUCCUGACAUACCCAGAGAGGGUCAACAAAGCCAAUCUCGAGCUAAUGAGGAAACUUGUGCGCAACGGCCCUGAAGUUCACCCUGGUGCCAACUUUAUCCAGAAUCGUCACACACAGAUGAAAAGGUUUUUAAAAUACGGAAACCGUGAGAAGAUUGCUCAGGAGCUGAGGUUUGGUGAUGUGGUAGAGAGGCACCUGAUAGAUGGAGAUAUUGUCCUAUUCAAUCGACAACCUUCUCUGCACAAACUCAGCAUCAUGGCCCACAUUGCCAGAGUCAAACCACACAGGACGUUUCGCUUUAACGAGUGUGUGUGCACCCCCUACAAUGCCGAUUUUGACGGUGAUGAAAUGAAUCUCCAUUUACCUCAGACUGAAGAAGCCAAAGCUGAAGCACUUGUCCUAAUGGGGACAAAAGCUAAUCUUGUAACUCCAAGAAAUGGCGAGCCUCUGAUUGCUGCUAUUCAGGACUUUCUGACAGCGGCCUACCUCUUGACCCUGAAGGACACCUUCUUUGACAGAUCAAAGGCCUGUCAGAUAGUGGCAUCUAUCCUUGUAGACAAAGAUGAAAAAAUCAGAAUCUCUCUCCCCCACCCAUCUAUAAUAAAGCCCAUGGCUCUCUGGACAGGCAAACAGAUAUUCAGCCUCAUUCUGAAGCCAAGUAAGGAAUGUCCAGUCAAGGCAAAUCUGCGGACCAAGGGCAAACAGUACAGUGGAAAGGGAGAGGAUCUCUGUUCCAAUGACUCAUUUGUGGUGAUCCACAACAGUGAGCUGAUGUGUGGUACCAUGGACAAGGGCACCUUGGGAUCUGGGUCCAAGAACAACAUCUUCUACAUCUUGCUGAGAGACUGGGGACAGCAGGAGGCUGCCAGUGCCAUGUCCCGCCUUGCACGACUCGCUCCAGUGUAUCUUUCCAACAGGGGCUUUUCCAUUGGCAUUGGGGAUGUGACACCUGGUCAGGGUCUACUGAAGGCCAAACAGGACCUGCUGGAUGACGGUUACGAGAAGUGUGACGAAUACAUUGAAGCUCUGAAAACGGGCAAACUGCAGCAGCAGCCCGGCUGCACAGCAGAGGAGACCUUGGAGGCUCUAAUCUUGAGAGAACUGUCAGUCAUCAGAGACCGAGCUGGCAGUGCCUGCCUCAGGGAGCUUGACAAGAGCAACAGCCCAUUGAUUAUGGCUCUUUGUGGCUCCAAAGGAUCCUUCAUUAAUAUCUCUCAGAUGAUCGCCUGUGUGGGCCAGCAGGCCAUAAGUGGCUCUCGAGUACCUGAUGGUUUUGAAAAUCGCUCCCUGCCUCACUUUGAAAAGCACUCAAAACUGCCUGCUGCUAAAGGCUUUGUGGCCGACAGCUUCUAUUCUGGCCUGACACCCACAGAGUUCUUCUUUCACACAAUGGCUGGUCGUGAGGGUCUGGUGGACACUGCUGUGAAAACUGCAGAGACUGGAUACAUGCAGAGACGUCUGGUAAAGUCCCUGGAGGAUUUGUGCUCUCAGUACGACCUGACAGUACGGAGUUCCACAGGUGACAUCAUUCAGUUUAUUUAUGGUGGAGAUGGUCUGGACCCUGCUGCGAUGGAGGGAAAGGAUGAGCCGCUGGAGUUUAAGAGAGUCUUAGACAAUAUCCGGGCGGUCUACGCGUGUCCAGACGAGCCUGCACUCAGUCAAAACGAGCUGGUCCUCACCGCAGAUGCCAUCAUGAAGAGAACUGACUUCUUGUGCUGCAGAGACAGCUACUUGGAGGAGAUAAAGAAGUUUAUUAAGAGCGUCUCAGAAAGGAUCAAGAAGACGAGAGACAAGUACGGUAUCAACGACAACGGCACCAGCGAGCCAAAAGUUCUCUAUCAGCUGGACCGCAUAACCCCCAAACAGCUGGAGAAGUUUCUUGAAACCUGCAGAGACAAGUACAUGAGAGCUCAGAUGGAGCCGGGCUCUGCAGUCGGGGCCCUGUGUGCCCAAAGUAUCGGAGAGCCUGGUACUCAGAUGACUCUUAAAACUUUCCACUUUGCUGGUGUUGCGUCCAUGAAUAUCACUCUUGGUGUGCCUCGCAUAAAAGAGAUCAUCAAUGCCUCCAAGAACAUCAGCACCCCUAUAAUCACUGCUCAUUUGGAUGUGGAGGAUGACGCUGAUUUUGCCAGACUGGUGAAGGGGAGGAUUGAGAAAACUCUCCUGGGAGAGAUUUCCGAAUACAUAGAAGAGGUUUUUCUACCAGAUGAUUGUUUUAUCCUGGUAAAAUUGUCACUGGAGAGAAUACGGCUGCUGCGACUGGAGGUAAAUGCAGAAACGGUGCGUUACUCCAUCUGUAUGUCUAAACUGCGAGUGAAACCAGGUGACAUUGCUGUGCACGGUGAGGCUGUGGUGUGUGUGUCUCCACGAGAGAACAACAAAAGCUCCAUGUACUACGUUCUGCAGUCUUUAAAAGAAGAACUUCCUAAGGUGGUGGUUCAAGGAAUACCGGAAGUUUCCAGAGCUGUUAUUCACAUUGACGAACAGAGUGGCAAGAACAAGUACAAACUCCUGGUGGAGGGCGACAACCUCAGAGCUGUCAUGGCAACGCAUGGAGUGAAUGGAAGCAGGACCACUUCCAACAAUACUUACGAGGUUGAGAAGACCUUGGGUAUUGAGGCUGCUAGAUCAACAAUCAUCAAUGAGAUUCAAUACACCAUGGUGAACCAUGGAAUGAGCAUUGAUCGGCGGCAUGUCAUGCUUCUCGCAGAUCUCAUGUCCUAUAAGGGGGAGAUACUUGGAAUCACCAGGUUUGGUUUAGCCAAAAUGAAGGAGAGCGUCCUCAUGCUGGCCUCCUUCGAGAAAACUGCUGAUCACCUCUUUGAUGCUGCGUACUUUGGGCAGAAGGACUCAGUCUGUGGUGUGUCUGAGUGCAUCAUUAUGGGGAUUCCAAUGAAUAUUGGAACAGGACUGUUUAAACUGCUACACAAGGCUGAAAAGGAUCCCUCUCCAGUCAAAAGGCCUCUCCUCUUUGAAAAUGCAGACUUCCAUAUACCUCUUAUCACAUAGCAUCGAGGAAAUGAACCGCGGGGAUGCUUGAAGAACUUUUGUUUUGUUUUUUCUUUCAGAGCCGACUAUCUACAGAUAUCCUGAGAUUAUCUUCAGCAAAUACAGAAGUGCCUGCCAAAGUGUCAGAUCAUUUCCUUUUGGGGGAUCUAACAGAAAAUAGGAUAAUGUCUUCUUUUUUUUUUGGUGUGACACCUCAUGCUGAUGCCACAGACUAUGAAAGAAAACUUUAAUUUAAUUUCACAGAUUUCUUGGCAUGUAAGAGAUGAUAGAAAAUCUUAUUUCAGUUUAAACAUAUUAGAGUGAUACAGAAAACUUUGUAUGCCUCAAACAUUUGUUCUCUACUGCUCUUUUAGCUUUUUUACUUGUUUGUAAAGGAGUGUGUUUCCUCCGUUGUUACAUCAUCUUCUGUUCCCUCAUAGUAACAGCACUGAUCACUGUGUGAGUGCUAACUUUUUGGCAUUGAUUUCUAUGUAUAUCAUGUCUGUGUUUUAUAAACAAGUGUGCAACAGACUCAAGACAGGUUACUUCUUAUUCAUGAAGCCAACUUGUUCUCUUCUCUGCUUGUUCUUGCCAAAUAAGACCGUUAGACUGUUUUUCAUUCACACUGCAAAAGCCACUUCAACAUAGAAAUCUAGUUUGUUAUUUCUUAAAAUAAUCUGUUUUCGUACAAGAAUUUGAUCAUCAUGGGUUCCUGUA